AUGACAUAUCCGCCGUCUGGAGUCGAAUUGAAAGCCGUCACAGACUGCGGAAUAGGCGUUGGAGAGACAAUAGGCCGCGCAGUCAUCGGGAAUAUGCAGGUCUUUGGAUGUGAUUGUCGUGUUGACAGCCAACCGAUGCAUGACUUGCUGGAAUUUCUGCAGAUAUGGUUGCUGGACUGCCUGCAACUGUUCGUUCAUCCAAGCAUCAAGGUACGUUGUCUCACGAAACCCUGA